UUACUGCUUGAUGAGUUGAUUAUAGUCAGCUUGCCAGUUCAUUGUUACUUGGUUCGUGGUUGGUAGUUCGUAUUUGUCGUACCUUCGAGGACAAUAUGUUGACAUUCUAAUUCACCUCUCCGAAGAAAGUCUUCCAGAUGACAAGUGUUCUUUUGUGGUCGUUCCCUUUAUUUUCGAGUAUAUGGCCGGUUUUAAGAAAAGUUUUCAUUAUAAUUAACCAUCAGAGAAUAAAAAAUCGACAGAAGGAAAAUUCGGUAGGAUUUGUGCAGCGUGAAAACGAACUUUUUGCGUCGUGGAGUUUCAACCCCUCAAGCACAAAUUCAACAAGAAUCCUUCGAGGACCACCCAGAACGAGCAGACAAGGAGACGACAGAGCCCCAGGGAAGCUGCAAGGAAUCAACGGAGAAGGAACUGGAACUUACAAGAGUUACUAUCACAAUAAUUGUCCUGAUAUUGGCAGCUUUUAAGAAAAAUUGGAUGUUGUUGCUUCAAAACACCCCAAAAAGAAGAAAAUACCAAUGACGAAGAUAUGGUUCCAAGCCGCCAAAAUAAUUCCAUUAUUUUUUCGGCUUAAGGAGGGAGGAGUUACGUGGUCAUAGUUCCCACGACACGGCCGUUCACACGGAGAUU